AUGAAUAACUAAAAAGAGAGUGAAAAUGAUGAUGUAAUCAAUUAUAACUUAAUUAGUCUGAUAAAAGUCAAGUGAGUAUAACAGUUCAAUAGAAAAAUAAGGAAAGAUAAUUAAGAAAAAUCCAAAAGUUAUAAUCUUUAAUCAAUAAACCAUUUUAGUAAUUGACUGAUGAAGAACUUAAUAAAAGAAGAAUAUUAUCAAAAGUAUCAGAUCUUAUAGGUAAAACUAACAAUCCACAUUAAUUUUUAUAACCAUUAAAUCAUAAGUUUGUGCUUAAUAUAAAUCAUCUUCAAAAUGCAUCAAUCCCUAAAAUAACAUCAAAUUAAACAGAUCCAGAAAAAGACUAUGUAGAUUAUUUGAUGAUGAAAAAGUGUAAUCUUUAAUUAAUAUAUGAUAGAAAAGUAAUAAGAGUAAAUGAGGAGAUAGGCCAUAAAGAAAUAAAACUUAAAAGAAAACUAUGAUUAAUUAUGGCAACAAGAAGAAGAUUUAUCAGAUAAAGAAAUAAAAGAUACAUAUAAUGUUAAUAAAGCACUGACUAUAGUACAUAAAAGUUAGGUUUAAAAGGAAAAGUAAUUAAAAUCUGAUGAAAGAAUUUAUUUUGGUAAAAACUCUUAAUCAGUAUAAAGAAAUUCAAAUUUUCAAUCUUUAACUAAUUCUAGAUUAAUUUUGAUGUAGGAUUAAGAUAUUAAUGAAACUGAAGUAAAUUAAUAUUUUAAUAUAGUGCAGAGAACAAUAAGCCAGAAGAACUCUUAAGAAAAUGAAAACAAAAUAGGUUAUUAAUAUAGUUUAGUAAGCCACAAAAAAAAUAUUCAAUAAGAAAGAUGAAUAAAUUUAAAAGGAAUUAAUUAUGCAUUAAGUUUAUAAACAAAUGAAUAAAGAGAAAAAAAAAGAGAGUAUAAAAUCAAUAGAUAGCAUAUUUAGAAAUUGUAAUAUAUUAUAAUAAAUCUAUAAGCUCAAAAUGAGGAGAUUUUUCAGUAAUCCUAAAAUCAAAAAAUGAUAACUAAUAAAAUAAUGAGUGAAAACAAAUUUUUUUAACCUAAGAAAUUGAGUGAAAUUAAACCAAUUCAAAGUAGAGUCUAAUUAAGCCACAUUAUUUUAAAAUAAGAUUCUAGAACUGAUGAUUCUCCUCCUAGAUUUCAUAGUAGAAAGAUCAGCCUUAUUAAUGAUAAAAUUACUAAUUUAGUAUCUUAAAUAGAUUUAAUCUAACAAAAAGAAAUUGAUUAAUUAACCUUUAUUAAAUAAUUAGAAAAUGAACAAGAUUUAUAUAAGACAUAUAGAGAGUCCCUUUAGCCAGAUUAAAUUUAAGAUACUUUAAAAUCUUUAUUAGGUCCAAGUAACAAUAAUUAUAGAAAACCUUUUAGAUUUAAUAAUAAAAAGUUCUUUAAUUAGAUUUUAUGA